AUCCAGUAAAGCACACAUCCAGGAAGAAACCUAGAGAUGAAGGGCCUCUUGCUGUGCGCGCUUGCACUUGCCUUUGCGAUGGUGACCACCCACGCCCAGCUGCAGUACUGUGAGAAGCGCUGCGGCAAGCAGGCCGACGGCAUGGAGUGCCCCAACAACCUCUGUUGCAGCAAGGAUGGGUACUGCGGCUUGGGCGUCAACUACUGCAGCCCUGCCGCCGGCUGCCAGAGCGGCGCCUGCUCCGACAACAAGAUCUGCGGCGCGCAGGCCGGUGGUGCAUUGUGCCCUAACAACCAUUGUUGUAGCUCGGGCGGUCGUUGUGGCUAUGGCAGUGAAUACUGCAGUGGCAGCCGCGGCUGCCAGAGCGGUCCUUGCUGGGCUGACCUUAAGUGUGGCCACCUCGCCAAUGGUAAGCAAUGCCCCAAUAACCUUUGCUGCAGCCAACAUGGUUAUUGUGGCUUAGGACCGGAGUUCUGCGGUGUUAGGUGCCAAAACGGCGCCUGCAGCAUGGACAGGCCGUGUGGCAAUAAGGCUAAUGGUGCACGAUGCACCAACAACUAUUGUUGUAGCCAGAAUGGAUCUUGUGGGCUUGGCAAGGAUUAUUGUGGUACCGGCUGCCAGAGCGGUGCAUGCUACACUCCUUCCUUCCUGGCUAACAUACUCAAGUGUGUACCUUGAAUUGUUGCCAUGGAAGUAUGAGUGCUGCAGUGAGGAGAAAUAAUCAGUGGCAAUAGCUAAUGCUAUUGUCCCAAAUUAAGUUUUACUUGUACCAGCUACAUAUCGUUUUCAAGCUGUCGGCAGUUGUCCUAAUUAGUACACUAUUCUGUUUUGUUGCCAUCGUGUUAUGUUAUUGUAUGAUCUGGUGGUACUAUAUAUCGCCACUUGUUUUAGAGCAACUUCCUUUCAAUACACAACUGGUGUUGCCAUAUCUUUACCUGUUGUACUCAUGGUUAUUAUUUGCUA